AUGGCAGGUGAAGACUGUGUAAGAAAACGCCAGUCUGGCUCCACUGCAACCUACAAGACCUCUGAGAAUGAAGAAGCGCAGAGAAGACCUGAGAACGAGAGGUCAUUUCAAAACUCAAGCAAUGGCCGGGUUGAUGUCGACCAUGUGAUAACAAGGAAAAUGCAACUAAUAGCAGAAGCUGAGCAAUUGAAGCCAGCUUUCAUGAAGGAAGUGGACAGUCACUUCACAGAGUUUGUGAACACCUUGGUAGCAAAAUCAGCACUCCUGGACUCCUCAUCUUCAGCUUCCCUCUUCCCAGCUUCCUGCACAGAGAAGGAACUGCACAAAGCCAAGACUUUGAGGGCCCCUCCAGAGCAUGGGAAGAUCUUUACUGCCAGGCGGUCCCUCUUGGAUGAGCUGUUUGAAGUGAGUCACAUCAGGACGAUCUACCACAUGUUCAUCGCUCUUCUCAUUGUCUUCAUCCUCAGCACGCUGUUAGUAGACUUCAUUGAUGAAGGAAGGCUGGUCCUAGGAUUUGAUCUCUUGGUGUAUGUUUUUGGAAAGUUCCCAGUCGUCUUCUGUACUUGGCUGUGCAUGUUCUGUGCCACAGUUAUCGUGCCAUACCACCUUUUUGCCUGGUGGGCCCAAGGCUACUGCAGUUCCUCCCAUCGUGUAAUCCACUCUUUCUUCUAUGGGAUGUUGUUCACGCUCUUUGGGCUUGGAUUUGGACCAACCUAUGUUGCUGUAUCAUAUGCCCUGCCUCCAGCUUCCCGUUUUAUUGUAAUAUUGGAGCAGGUUCGUCUUGUUAUGAAGGGUCAUUCUUUUGUCCGGGAGAAUGUUCCCAGAGUCUUCUCCUCUGUAAAGGACAAGUCCAGUACAGUACCUAUUCCCAGAAUUUCUCAAUACCUGUACUUCCUCUUUGCUCCCACCCUCAUCUACAGAGACAACUACCCCAGGAAUCCCACAAUAAGAUGGGGCUACGUAGCUACCAAGUUUGCACAGGUGCUUGGUUCACUUUUCUAUGCCUACUACAUCUUUGUGAGACUCUGCAUUCCUCAGUUCCGCAACAGUAGUCAAGAAACCUUCAACCUUCGAGGGCUAGUCCUCUGCAUCUUCAAUUCCAUUCUGCCAGGUGUACUGAUUCUCUUCCUGGUUUUCUUUGCGUUCCUUCACUGUUGGCUUAACGCGUUUGCUGAGAUGCUGCGCUUUGCAGAUAGGAUGUUCUACAAGGACUGGUGGAACUCCACUUCCUAUGCAAACUAUUACCGAACCUGGAACGUAGUAGUACAUGACUGGCUCUAUUACUAUGCCUACAGGGACUUCCUUUGGUUUUUUGGGAAGAAGUUCAAAGCAGCAGCUAUGCUAUCUGUCUUCACAGUAUCAGCUGCUGUGCACGAAUAUGUUCUGAGCGUCUGCUUCGGCUACUUCUAUCCGGUUAUGUUUUGCCUGUUUAUGUGCUUUGGAAUGGUCUUCAACUUCAUUCUUAAUGACCGUCGGAAAGGGCCCAUCUGGAACGUGAUCAUGUGGACAUCCCUCUUUCUGGGCCAAGGUGUCAUCAUUUGCCUCUAUAGCCAGGAGUGGUAUGCCCGGCAGUACUGCCCUAUGGAAAAUCUCACAUUCCUGGACCACUUAAAACCACGUUCAUGGUCGUGUCAUACGAAGAUGUAAAAAUGGUAUGCUCUGGCCAUGUCAUUAUCACAGAAGAUAAGAGUUGUCCUCCAAGUAUUUGGACCAAUGACCUAACUCACUAUGGACUUUUUCUAAGGGAAAAACUAAGGGAAGUUGUGCCUCCUGAUUAUUGGGGAGAAACUGUAAAUUUUUUAAGCAUUACUGAAGCAAACCAGUUGACCUGGAUUGCAACAUGCUUCGUAGGCAGCAUUGACUGUGUGCUGUCCCACUUUGAGCCAUUUCCAUGCCAGUAAAACAUUGAGCUGAAUGUGGAAUCUACUGGAAUCCAACUCAUCCAGGGAUCCCCCCAAGUUGCUGCUUUUGUG